AUGAUAGAAAGACAACGCUAUCAAAAAACACGAUACACAAUUCAGGAUGUUGUAAACUUUGUUCUUGAGCCUGGUUCUGAUUCAGAAUUAUCAGAACUUUCUGAAUCCUCGGAUGAUGAAAACGAAGUUGGCCAACCUAAAAUUGAUUGUGAUGAAGAAGAAGAGAUAACUGAUAACGAAGAAAUCUGUGGAGGUGAAGAUCAAAAUAUAUCAAAUUUUGAGUCAGUAAGAAAAAGAAAAAAACCACACGAGUUUCGGUGGCGAUCUACUGAACCGCAAUUAAUCGAUUCGGAAUUUAUGGGAGAAAAUUUCACAUUAGCCCCGGAUAAUUUUAAUGAACUUACACCUCUUGAUUAUUAUUCCCAGUUCUGGACAAAAGAAAUAACAGAACUGAUUGUAGAACAAACAAAUCUUUAUAGUACCCAACUUUCCGGUAAGUCAAUAAUCACAAAUGUUAAUGAAAUGGAUCAGUUUAUGGGAAUGCAAAUGUUAAUGAGUAUUUUAAAGCUGCCAAGCUACCCUAUGUACUGGAUGAAUGAAAUCAGAAUUAAUACAAUUGCUGAUGUUAUGCCAACUAAUAGACCUAUAUUAGAGAUGGUGCGGGAUAAUUGUCACAAAAAAGAACCAGAACCAGUGCAUUCUAUCGAUGAGCAAAUAAUACCUGCGAAAACAAAACAUAGUGGUAUUCGCCAAUAUAAUCCGAAAAAGCCUCACAAAUGGGGGUUUAAAAUCAGCGGAAGAGAAGAUUGUUCUGCAGAGAAUGUUGUUUUAAGAUUGGCUGAACGAAUACCAAAAAAUUUAAACUUUAAGUUGUGUUUUGACAACUGGUUCUGUACUCUUUCUCUUUGUCUCAAACUAAAAGAAAUAGGCAUACUGACAACAGCAACUAUUCGUACAAAUCGAAUAGCAAAGUGUCCACUGCUUUCUGAGAAAGAUUUAAAAAAACAAGGUCGGGGGUCUUUUUCAUAUAAGGUUGAUGCAAACUCUGGUCUGUUGCUUCUAAGAUGGUUUGAUAACAAAUGUGUUCAUAUGACCUCAACAUAUUGUUCAGCUAAUACAUCUGGUAAUGUUAAACGAUGGGAUCAAAAAAAUAGGAAACACAUUCAAGUACCUUGCCCGCAAGUUGUAAAAGAAUACAAUACUGGAAUGGGUGGUGUAGACUUGUCUGACAUGCUUAUUAGCUUAUAUCGAAUACCCAUGAAAACAAAAAGAUGGGACUUACGUGUGCUUGUUCAUUGCAUGGAUAUAUGUAAGAUAAAUGCUUGGCUGCUGUAUAGAAGACAUGGUAACCAGUUGAAUAUUUCUCAGCGUAGCCAACUUAACCUCCUUCAAUUUAGCAGUCAAAUUGCUAACGCUUUAAUAACGAAAAGUAAACGAGUUGACAGACCUAUUGGCCGACCGAUAAAAAAAUUAUCAACUAAUUCUGAACUAAACCGAAACACGAGGUCGCAAAGUUCAGGUACCAACACCCCAAAAUGA